AUGGCAUUUCAUAGCUGCUGUUUGAUCCUCUUGGCAAUUACCUGGUGCACUUCUGCCUAUGGGCCUGACCAACGAGCUCAGAAGAAAGGGGACAUUAUCCUCGGGGGGCUCUUUCCUAUUCAUUUUGGAGUAGCAGCCAAAGAUCAAGAUCUAAAGUCAAGGCCAGAGUCUGUGGAAUGUAUCAGGUAUAAUUUCCGCGGGUUUCGCUGGUUACAAGCAAUGAUAUUUGCCAUCGAGGAAAUAAACAGCAGCCCAGUCCUUCUUCCCAACAUGACACUGGGAUACAGGAUAUUUGACACUUGCAACACUGUUUCUAAAGCCUUGGAGGCCACUCUGAGUUUUGUGGCACAAAAUAAAAUUGAUUCUCUGAACCUCGACGAGUUCUGCAACUGCUCAGAGCAUAUCCCCUCUACUAUCGCUGUGGUGGGAGCAACUGGUUCGGGCAUCUCCACAGCGGUGGCAAACCUGCUGGGCCUCUUCUAUAUUCCCCAGGUCAGCUACGCCUCCUCCAGCAGACUCCUCAGCAACAAAAAUCAGUUCAAGUCCUUUCUCCGUACCAUCCCCAAUGAUGAACACCAGGCCACUGCCAUGGCAGACAUUAUCGAGUAUUUCCGCUGGAACUGGGUGGGCACAAUUGCUGCUGAUGAUGACUACGGCCGGCCAGGGAUUGAGAAGUUUCGAGAGGAAGCUGAGGAGAGGGACAUCUGCAUCGACUUCAGUGAACUCAUCUCCCAGUAUUCUGAUGAAGAAGAGAUCCAGCAAGUGGUGGAGGUGAUCCAGAAUUCCACAGCCAAAGUCAUUGUUGUUUUCUCUAGUGGCCCAGACCUUGAACCCCUUAUCAAGGAGAUUGUCCGGCGUAAUAUCACAGGGAGGAUCUGGCUGGCCAGCGAGGCCUGGGCCAGCUCUUCCUUGAUUGCCAUGCCCGAGUACUUCCAUGUGGUUGGAGGCACCAUUGGAUUCGCUCUGAAGGCUGGACAGAUCCCAGGUUUCCGGGAAUUCCUGCAGAAAGUCCAUCCCAGAAAGUCUGUCCACAAUGGUUUUGCCAAGGAGUUUUGGGAAGAAACCUUUAACUGCCACCUCCAAGAAGGUGCUAAAGGACCUUUAGCACUGGACACUUUCCUGAGAGGUCAUGAAGAAGGUGGUGGCAGGAUAAGCAAUAGCUCCACUGCCUUGCGACCUCUCUGUACAGGGGACGAGAACAUCAGCAGCGUGGAGACCCCUUACAUGGAUUAUACACAUUUACGGAUAUCCUACAAUGUCUACUUAGCGGUCUAUUCCAUUGCUCAUGCCCUGCAAGAUAUAUAUACAUGCUUACCUGGAAGAGGGCUCUUCACCAAUGGUUCCUGCGCAGAUAUCAAGAAGGUUGAGGCUUGGCAGGUUCUGAAGCACCUACGGCACCUAAACUUUACCAACAAUAUGGGGGAGCAGGUGACUUUCGAUGAAUGUGGGGACCUGGUGGGGAACUAUUCCAUCAUCAACUGGCACCUCUCUCCAGAGGAUGGCUCCAUAGUGUUUAAGGAAGUCGGAUAUUACAACGUCUAUGCCAAGAAAGGAGAAAGGCUCUUCAUCAAUGAGGAGAAAAUCCUGUGGAGUGGAUUCUCCAGGGAGGUACCUUUCUCCAACUGCAGUCGAGACUGCCUAGCAGGGACCAGGAAAGGAAUCAUUGAGGGGGAGCCCACCUGCUGCUUUGAGUGUGUGGAAUGUCCUGAUGGGGAGUACAGUGAUGAAACAGAUGCAAGUGCCUGUGACAAGUGCCCCGAUGACUUCUGGUCCAAUGAGAACCACACUUCUUGCAUUGCCAAGGAGAUUGAGUUUCUGUCCUGGACGGAGCCCUUUGGGAUUGCACUCACUCUCUUUGCUGUGCUGGGCAUUUUCCUGACAGCCUUCGUGCUGGGUGUCUUCCUCAAGUUCCGUAACACACCCAUUGUCAAGGCUACCAAUCGAGAGCUCUCCUACCUCCUCCUCUUCUCCUUGCUCUGCUGCUUCUCCAGCUCCCUGUUCUUCAUUGGUGAGCCCCAGGACUGGACAUGCCGCCUGCGCCAACCAGCCUUUGGCAUCAGCUUCGUGCUCUGCAUAUCAUGCAUCCUAGUGAAAACCAACCGUGUCCUCCUGGUGUUUGAGGCCAAGAUCCCCACGAGCUUCCACCGCAAGUGGUGGGGGCUCAACCUGCAGUUCCUGCUGGUCUUCCUCUGCACCUUCAUGCAGAUUGUCAUCUGUGUGAUCUGGCUCUACACUGCACCACCCUCAAGCUACCGCAACCACGAGCUGGAGGAUGAGAUCAUCUUUAUCACAUGCCACGAGGGCUCGCUAAUGGCACUGGGCUUCUUAAUUGGCUACACGUGCCUACUGGCUGCCAUCUGCUUCUUCUUUGCCUUCAAGUCCCGGAAGCUGCCAGAGAAUUUCAAUGAAGCCAAGUUCAUCACCUUCAGCAUGCUCAUCUUCUUCAUCGUCUGGAUCUCCUUCAUUCCAGCCUACGCCAGCACCUAUGGCAAGUUUGUCUCUGCCGUGGAAGUGAUCGCCAUCCUGGCAGCCAGCUUUGGCUUGCUGGCCUGCAUCUUCUUCAACAAGGUCUACAUCAUCCUCUUCAAGCCAUCACGUAACACCAUCGAGGAGGUACGCUGCAGCACUGCUGCCCAUGCUUUCAAAGUAGCAGCCCGGGCCACGCUGCGCCGCAGCAACGUCUCUCGAAAGCGGUCCAGCAGCCUUGGGGGCUCCACGGGAUCCACACCCUCUUCCUCCAUCAGCAGUAAGAGCAACAGUGAAGACCCCUUCCCACAGCCCGAGAGGCAAAAGCAGCAGCAGCCACUGGCCCUGACCCAACAAGAGCAGCAGCCGCAGCCACAGCAGCCCUCGUCCCUACAGCAGCAGCCACAGCCACAGCCACAGCCCAGAUGCAAGCAGAAAGUCAUCUUCGGCAGUGGCACAGUCACCUUCUCACUGAGCUUUGAUGAGCCUCAGAAGAGUGCCAUGGCUCACAGGAAUUCUAUGCACCAGAACUCCCUGGAGGCCCAGAAAAGCAAUGAGACCCUCACCAGACACCAGGCAUUACUCCCACUACAGUGCGGGGAGACAGACUCAGAACUGAGUGCCCAGGAGAGAGGCCUUCAAGGGCCUGUAGACGGGGACUUCCGACCAGAGAUGGAGGACCCUGAAGAGAUGUCCCCAGCACUUGUAGUGUCCAGUUCACAAAGCUUUGUCAUCAGUGGUGGUGGCAGCACUGUCACAGAAAAUAUACUGCAUUCAUAA